AUGCUAUCCCAUUCAACACGCACGUGCUACUCCUGUCCCUUCACUCCCUCAUCCCCCUCUCAUCAUUCCCUCUUUACCAUCACUUCCAUUCCCCGCCACUCCUCUUCUUUCCCACCUCUUCCCUUCCCGCCUUCCCCUUGCAUCACAGCCACCUUGAGGGCAACCAGUUGUCAGGGGAUCUGCCCUCCUUCCGUGACAUGCCCCAUACCUUCAUGGUCUUUGCGCACUACAAUCUACCUCAUAACCGCAUUUGUGUUUGAGUCGCCUCCACAAAAGUUUCCCACCUCUUCCCUUCCCGCCUUCCCCUUGCAUCACAGCCACCUUGAGGGCAACCAGUUGUCAGGAGAGCUGCCCUCCUUCCGUGACAUGGCCAAUAUCAUCAAGGUGUCUGCACACAGCAACUACCUCACAGCCACAGCAAACGCUAACCCCCUUCCAGACUCAGUCGCAGGCGGCCCUUACGAUCACCACAUCAUGUGUCUGUUACACCACAACUGCCUUGAAGACAACUCCAAUUAUUGCCUCCCUGGGAAGAAACAGAGGCGAGCCAGCGAGUGCCGGGCAUUCUGUGGAACGGACCCGCUCACCCCGCCGUGCAGCGGCCAUGGCGUGUGCUCCUUCGUGCCGGACCCCUCUCGCGACAUGGCUGCCCGUGAGGAUGAUGAGGAUCAACAGCCGCCACCCCACUGUGAACCUGAGGGUCACUGCGACUGUGAUGAGGGAUACACGCCAGGGGCUGCUGCUGGCACGUGCGUCCUUCACGGUGGCACUGAGGGGGCUGGAGUGACACGCGCUUCAUCAACCCUUCCCGCUUUCCCCACUCUUCAUCCCCCUCUCCCCCCCAAUCCUUCCCCCUUCCCCCCUUGUCAGCAACGGCAAUUCUUUGAACUGGUGGACGUGGACGCGUUCGGCAGUGACACGCGGUUCAUAGGGCCAGCGCUAGCAGCCACGGCGAGGGGGGGGCUGCUCUACCUCACCGCCACCGACGGCUUCUCCUCCGCGGGCCAUGCUCCCUUCCGCGCGCUAGCAGCAUACGGUGCGUACAUGCGUCCGCUGCCCUUCUGCAACGAGCUGGGGCUGCGCAUGCUGCUGGGGGCGGCGGUGCGUGAAGCAGCCACGCGCAAGCUCACGGUGGCCCCCGUGUUCUCCCUCUACGCGCCCCACGGGCCUGUCUUUCGAGCGCUCGUGCGCGUGCACCCCGCUUCGCCUCACCAACAGUGGCAGGGCGAGAACUUUGGCUUCAUAGCAUACUGUCAUUCGUGUGGGCACUCCAAGGUGCUGGCAUGGGAUGCACUCGGCUGUGCUCUCUGCAAUUGCCUGCAGCGAAAGGGCCAUCCAGCCCAUGCUUCUUUUGCUGCUGCUGCUGCCGCUGCUGCCACCACAUCUCCCUCUUCCCCUUCCUCAUUAACCCCCUCCUCCUUUGAUAGUCCCUCAAUGGAAGCAAGCUCUUCUCCUUCCCAGCAGCAGCAGCAGCAGCAGCAGCAAGUGUCAGGUGGCAUGGAUGAUCAUCAAAUGCUCAGUGAAAUGGGCCUUCGGCGUAUGGUGGUGGUGGGGCCGCUGUGGGUGGGCCCACUGCACGACCCAAUCGAAUUGCGCCACAUGGCAGAGGAUGCGCGGGUGAAAGGGUGGAAGGCAGCAGGGCGGGUGCUGGAGGUGAUGCAGGAGGAGGCACAGGAGGGACUGCCUCCGUGGUUCUUUAAGAUGGAUCAUGUUUCAAAGCUUGCAGGUGUACCCACGCCUCCACGUUCAGAGCUUAUGAGAUUGCUAAGUGAGCGCGGUUUCCUGGUUUCACGGUCGCACGUGGAAGUCACAGCCAUAAAGACAAACUGUCCAUUAGAGAAAGUCGUUCAAUUAGCACGACAAUUGAGCCAUCGACACAGGCAUACGGUAGAGAGUCCAGGCCCGGGAUCCACGAUGCUUUCUGCUGCCGCCGUCUCAGACCCCGAAACCACCAUUUUCAACACCGCUUCGCUCUCCUCCCUGUUUGAAUCCAAACUUGCGUUCACUGACGUUUCGGGAUCAUCGCCGUCGGCGCAUCACAUUUCGCUGGACGACGCGACAACCGUCAGCAGCAACAGCAACAGCAAUAGUAGCGCCGGCGGCAGCGGCAGCGGCAGCGGCAGCGGCAUCAGCGGCGGUUUUCCCGGAUUGCCCUUGCCUGCAGGAGCGUCUUUCCUUGGCGGCGGCAGCAGCAAUGGGAGUUCCAGUUUGUUCGGUACUCCCGGGGUUAUCGGUAGUAGGCGGAUCUCCCCCACAGAUCUGAACGGCGAUUAUCUCGGCGGAGGCCAUUCGUGGCCGCGAAACGGUCCGGUAGGGUUACCAGCAUCGCAGGGCAGCGGCAGCUCGAUCAUCGGCGGCGUUGGCAGCCAGGGUAACCCGAUUGUGGGAUUCGGCGACGGUUUUAACGGCGGAUUUAACGGCGGAUUUGGCGACGCGUUUGGCGGCGGCAACAGUGGCCUCGGGCACGUUGGGAAGGGAGCGGGGUUGGGAGGUGGCGGCAUGGGGGGAUCCAUGGUUUCUGGAGGUCUCGCCGCGGUGCACGGCGGUAGCUACGCGGAAGGCUCGUCGUUCAACUCGCAUGCUUCGUUUCAGCUGCUGUCGCUUGCAAGGCAGCAGCAGCAACACCCAGGUCAGGAUCUGAUAGCCCAGCAGCAUUUGAAUCUACAUCCUGGGAAUCCUGCCAUGCUUCCAUUCAUGCAGCAGCAACAGCAGCAACAGCAGCAACAGCAGCAGCAGCAGCAGCAGCAGCAGCAGCAGCAGCAGCAGGCACGGCAGGGUCAGCUAGUGCAGCUGCAAGGCACGGAUCUCGCGAUCCAAGGCCCGAAAGUACUAGGUCUGGAUCGCGACGUGCCUCGUGCUUUCGCCGAUCAGCUCCCGUCGCAGAUCCUUCCGGACGACGAGGAAGAGCUCUUCGCAGACAUCGCAGAGGAGUACGAGCGACACCUGCGAUCGGAAGCCGUCGCCGCCGCGGCCGCCGCCGCUGCUGCUGCUACUGCUGCUGUCGCGGAAUCCGAUUCGACCGGCGCAGCCCGUCGCGCGAGCAGCAGCAUGCGCGCAGGGGGGAGCGCGGGCAGCGGAAGGGGGGAGGGGGGAGGCGCGGGGGACGAUGGCGGGGAGGGGGAUGGCGCGGAGGGGGACGACGCGGCGGACGAUUUGUUCUGCAGCAGCGGAGGCAUGGAGCUGGAUCUCGACCCCGCGGACGGCAUGGCGGUGCAGGGGGCUUUCCGCCGCCUGCCCCUUCCGCGCGAUGCCUUUUCCGCCGCCGCCGCUGCUGGUGCUGGUGGUGCUGCUGGUACUCGCGGGGCUCCGCAAGGCGCGGUUCACCAGGGGGCGGGCGGGGGCAAGGCUGCGGCGGCGGCGGGAAUGGUAGCGACGACGACGGCGGUGGCAGCGUCCGCGUUCUCGGGCGCAGCGCAGGGCGCGGGGAGUGAGCAUCCGCGCGGGGAGCGGCCGUCGCGGACGCUGUUCGUACGGAACAUCAACAGCAGCGUGGAGGACGCGGAGCUGCGCGCGCUGUUUGUGCGCCACGGCGACAUCCGCACGCUGUACACGGCGUGCAAGCACCGCGGGUUCGUGAUGGUGUCCUUCUACGACCUCCGCGCGGCGCUCGCCGCCAUGGCCGCGCUGCAGGGCACGCCGCUGCGCCGCCGCAACCUCGACAUCCACUUCUCCAUCCCCAAGGAUAACCCGUCGGACAAGGACGUUAAUCAGGGCACGCUGUUGGUUCCAUGUGUGCCUGCAUCCACCAACACGGCCACAACCGGCACCGCCGCCGGUGCCACUGGCUUACCAGAGCACGACCUGCUGCGCAUCAUGUCCGCGUACGGCGACGUCAAGGAGUAUCUGCUGGAGGUGGAUCGGAUACUGCGAGGGGAGGACUCGCGCACCACGCUCAUGAUCAAGAACAUUCCCAACAAGUACACACAGAAGAUGCUGCUUGCAGCCAUCGAUGAGAAGCACAAGGGCACCUACGACUUCUUCUACCUCCCUAUUGACUUCAAGAACAAGUGCAACGUGGGGUAUGCCUUUAUCAACAUGAUGGACCCAUAUAAGAUCGUUCCGCUCUACCAGAGCUUCAACGGGAAGCGGUGGGAGAAGUUCAACAGUGAGAAGGUGGCCAACAUUGCAUACGCGCGCAUCCAGGGCAAGCAGGCCCUCAUCGCGCACUUCCAAAACUCCUCCCUUAUGAACGAGGACAAGCGCUGCCGCCCCAUCCUGUUCCAGUCGCAGGGGCCAAACGCCGGCGACCAGGAGCCGUUCCCAGCGGAGGCGAUGAGCGUGGCGGAAUUUGCGCACGCGUGCGACGGCAUCUCGCGGCUCUUCUCGCUCCUCGGUGUCGCCUUCGCGUUCGCGGGGAAGGACUUCACAGAUAAGGUGAAGGACCUGACGGUAGCAGGCAAGGAGUUCACAACCCUGGGCAGCAUGGUGGAUGCGGACGUGAGUAAAGGCUCCGUGAAGGUGCAGAACAGCCACACGCGCAACCUGCUGCGCGUGCUGCGCGGGCUCGACAUGAUGCGCCGCCUCUUCUGCUACAUCCUUGACGACUGCAUGAGGCCACUGAGGGAGCAUGCGAGUCGGGCAUACAAUGAGGUGUUCAGCGCUCACCACUCGUGGGCCAUCCGCAGCCUCGUCGCUGCUGGCAUGUACGCGCUCCCCUCCACCGACUCCUUCCUGCACCAUCUGGGGGAAGACGAGGAGUCCUGGCGUGAGCCAUCAUCUGAGUUUGUUACAAGUGUUACUGAUGUCGCUGCUGCGGUGGAGGAUCUAUUUGUUUCACGUGAUCUUGGCCUUGACUGGUGA